CAACACACUAGUGCGUGGAAGUGGUUACGGAUAAGUUGGACACUUGCAGAUUUAGGAUUUUAUAAUGUUCUUCUACGUGCUGAUCACUAUUGCCACGUGCUCCGUGGCGUGCCUCUACCUCAAGUGGCUUAGAGUGAAGAGCUACUGGGCCGACCGAGGCGUGCCGUACCAGCCUCCCAACCCUAUCCUGGGAAGCCUUACAUUUCUGCAACGACAGAAUCCUGGCUUAUGGCUUCGGCAGCUGUACAAUUUCAAGAGUCCCUACGUAGGGAUGUGGCUGCUGUGGAGACCAGGCCUGGUCAUCAACUCGCCCGAGAUAGCCCGCAGGAUACUUGUUAAAGACUUCGGCAACUUCAGGAACAGAUACCUGAGUUCCGGUCAAUCAGAUCCUAUUGGAGGCCUCAAUUUGUUCACCGUAAAUGAUCCCAUUUGGUCGUCAAUGAGGAACCGUUUAAGCUCCGUGUUCACAUCGGCCAAGCUCAGGAUCCUGCAGGACUAUGUGGGGCUUAAGGCCAAGGAACUGGCGCAGAGGAUACACAACGAUAAAGACAACCCGAUUAAUCUCAAAGUAACGUAUGUGGACUUUACAACUGACGUUAUUGGCACAUCUGCAUUUGGAGUGGAGAGCAACUCAACUCUUACCGGCAAGGGCUCAAUGCGAGAAAUCACCCACGACUUCGGCAAGUUUGGCAUCAUGAGAGGCCUAUCAUGGUGCAGCAUAUUCUUCUUCCCGGAUUUUGUUGACUACUUCAGGUUUACAUUCUUUCCCAAAGAAUCGGAAGAUUAUUUGAAGAGAGUCUUUAGAAUGAUUGUCAAAAACAGAGAGGAGAACGCGACAGACCAAAAAGAAUCAAAAGAUUUACUCGAUGCUUUGAUCAAAAUAAAAAAAGAGAAGAUAGAGAAUAAUGAAGCUGUUUCUGAUGAUUUGUUAAUUGCACAAGCAGCUAUUUUCCUGCUCGGUGGGUUUGAAACCUCUGGAAGUGUGCUGUCUUUUAUAACUUACGAAAUGGCGUUUAACCCCGAGUUACAGGACAAAUUGUACCAGGAGCUCAAAGAAGCAAAAGAGCAGAUUGGAGACAAGGAUUUUGAUACACAAUUGCUUUCAGAGUUGACGUAUCUCAAUUGUUGUAUAAAAGAGGGACUUCGAAAAUAUAGCCCGAUGGGUUGGUUAGAUAGAAUUGCUAUGAUGGAUUAUCAGAUCGACGACAAAGUCACCAUCAAAGCUGGCACACCAGUUUAUGUGAACAGUAUUGGUAUGCAUUAUGAUCCAGAUUACUUCCCCGACCCGGAGAAGUUUGAGCCGGACAGAUUUUUGCCACAAAAUGAAAAGGACACGAAACCGUAUACGUACAUGCCUUUCGGACAUGGGCCGAGAAUCUGCAUAGGCCAACGCUUCGCUCAAAUGACAGUACGAUACGCGCUUUCGUCAGUAUUCCUCAACUUCAAGGUGUACCCCGUGCCGAAUAUGCCGAAACCGUCAGAUGUCAAGAUUGACAACCGCUGCUUACUGUAUCUGGCCGGGGAACCGCUUCUAGUUAAAUUUGUGCCGAGACAUUAG